CGGGCGUUGCGCCCUCGCCGCUCCCUUGCAGCGGGCUGGGGGUGUAAAAUUCAAUCCCCGUGGGACGUCGCGACUGGCCUCUGCUGCGGCUCCGCGGAUUGGCUGCCAGUCCCACUGCGCCCCCGCCCUCCGCACCCCGGCGCCCCAGGUGGCUCAGGCCCCCGGUGGCGAUCUGUGUUUACGGAGCGAACCGUCCAAGUGCGGCUCCAGCUCGCCGCGCUCCCCUCCCGGGCCCCCGCCCGCCGAGCCUCUCCGCGCCCGUCCCCUGCCCCCACCGCCCCAGAGACGGCGAUGACCCCCAAGCCGGCCGGCCCCCCAGAUGGGGGCUGGGGCUGGGUGGUGGCGGCCGCAGCCUUCGCGGUGAACGGGCUCUCCUACGGGCUGCUGCGCUCCCUGGGCCUGGUGCUGCCUGACCUCGCCGAGCACUUCGACCGAAGCGCUCAGGACACCGCGUGGGUCAGCGCCCUGGCCCUGGCCGUGCAGCAGGCAGCCAGUCCAGUGGGCAGCGCCCUGAGCACCCGCUGGGGGGCGCGCCCCGUGGUCAUGGUCGGGGGCAUACUCACCUCGCUCGGCUUGGUCUUCUCGGCUUUCGCCCGCAGUCUGCUGCAUCUCUACCUCGGCCUGGGCCUUCUUGCCGGCUCCGGCUGGGCCCUGGUGUUCGCCCCAGCAGUUGGCACCCUCUCCCGUUACUUCUCCCGCCGUCGAGUCUUGGCCGUGGGGCUGGCACUCACGGGCAACGGGGCCUCCUCGCUGCUCCUGGCGCCCAGCUUGCAGCUUCUCCUUGAUACUUUUGGCUGGCGGGGAGCCUUGCUCCUCCUUGGCGCCAUCACCCUCCACCUCACCCCCUGUGGUGCUCUGCUGCGCCCGCUGUCGCUUCCUGGCGACCCUGCCACCCCACCCCGUGGGCCCCUGGCUGCCCUGGGCCUGGGUCUCUUCACACGACGCGCCUUCUUAGUUUUUGCACUGGGCACUGCCCUGGUGGGGGGCGGGUACUUUGUCCCCUAUGUGCACUUGGCCCCUCACGCUUUAGAUCUCGGCCUGGGGGGAUACGGGGCUGCGCUGGUGGUGGCAGUGGCUGCAGUGGGGGAUGCUGGUGCCCGGCUGGUCUGCGGGUGGCUGGCAGACCAAGGCUGGGUGCCCCUCCCGAGACUACUGGCGGUGUUUGGGGCACUGACAGGACUGGGGCUGCUGGCAGUGGGGCUAGUACCUGGGGUGGACAGCGAGGAGAGCUGGGGGGGACCCCUGUUGGCCGCGGCUGGGGCCUAUGGAUUGAGUGCUGGAAGUUAUGCCCCGUUGGUGUUUGGUGUGCUCCCAGGGCUAGUGGGCAUCGGAGGUGUUGUCCAGGCCACUGGGCUGGUGAUGAUGCUGAUGAGCCUCGGAGGACUUUUGGGCCCUCCUCUGUCAGGCUUCCUGCGAGAUGAGACCGGAGGCUUCACUGCCUCUUUCCUUGUAUGUGGCUCUUUCAUCCUCUCUGGCAGCUUGGUCUAUAUGGGGUUGCCCACUGCACUGCCCUCCUGUCAGCCAACUUCACCUCCAGCGACCCAUCCUGCAGAAAGGGGAGAGCUGCUUCCUAUUCCUCAGGUUGCCCUGCUCUCCCCAGGGGGCCCUCAGCCCACUAUGGACACAACUUGUUAACCACUCCUCUUCCCAAUAAAGAAUUACUAUUUUGUUGUUUGUUUGGGGGCAA